AUUUGUUAUAGAUAAUGUAUACAUUAGUUUGGGCUUUUUAGCCCAAGUAAAAAACAGAUGUCAGAACAAUCCUACAUGUCAAGCAGAAACACCUACAUGGCAACCACAUCCCUCCCCACACCGCCACGUGCCUCACUCAAAUGCCACGUCAUUAUCACCGCCUUAACUUUUCACUUAUCCAAAAACUUUAUAAAUGGAUCAUAUUUCAAAUACAUAUAUAUAGUAACUCAACAACUAAUUGAACACUUCAGUUCAUAAGCUCAGUUCCAAAAAACCGGGAAAACCACAACCAUGGAAGUAGCGUUAAGGGACCUCGGAUUAGACAACACGAUGAUAUCAGCAAUACACGACAUGCUCGAAUUCAUCGACGACACCGAGAAGCCGCAGCACCCGUCGCGCACCUUCAUCCGCGACAACAAAGCCAUGAAAUCGACACCGGCCGACGUCAUCGAGCUCCCGAAUUCGUACAACUUCGUGGUGGACAUGCCGGGGCUGAAGGCCGACCAGGUUCAAGUCCACCUCGAAGACGACAACGUUUUGGUCGUCUGUGGGGAGCGGAGGCGGCGGGAUAAGGAAGAAGGGGUCAAGUAUUUGAAGAUGGAGAGGAGAUUUGGGAAGAUGCUUAAGAAGUUCGAAUUGCCGGAUAAUGCGGAUAAGGAGAAGGUGUCGGCUGUUUGCGAGGACGGGGUGUUGACUGUGGUGGUGGACAAGAGCCCGCCGCCGCAGCCCAAGAAGCCGAAAGUGAUUGAAGUGAAGGUUGGCGCCGCUCAGCAGCGCGGCGGCGCUGGCGGCGGAGGAGAAGGGAGUACUGGGGAGAUGAAAGCUAGUGAUUGGCAUGAGAGUGCUGGAGAAUUAGAUGGAACAAAAAAAGAUUAA